UGCAAAAGUAUCAAUUUGAAUAUUUGCUCAAUAAAGUUGAAUCGCUAAUCAGCAAAAAAGACACAUUUUGGCGAAGUGCCAUACCAGCCAAGCGAAGGCUAAUAUUGACUAUUCGAUAUCUGGCCACUGGUGCUUCUCAGUUGGAUCUUGCAUUUUCAUUCCGAAUCGGCCACUCAACUGUUGGGACAAUUCUCAGAGAAACAAUGUCUGCUCUGUGGAAAGAACUUGUUAAUGAAGUUAUGCCUCCACCCAGUCCCAAAAAAUGGUUGGAGAUAGCGAAGGAAUUUAAUUUUAGAUGGCAGUGUCCAAAUUGCAUUGGGGCUCUUGAUGGGAAGCAUGUGCGAAUAAAAUGCCCUCCAAAUAGUGGCAGUGAAUUCUAUAAUUAUAAGGGUUACUUUUCAAUUGUUCUUUUGGCCGUCUGUGAUGCGCAAUAUAGGUUUGUUAUUGUCGACAUUGGUAAUUCUGGUAGACACAGUGAUGGUGGAGUUUUUUCAAACUCACGAUUGGGAAAAGGAUUUGAUCAAUCCAGCCUCAAUAUUCCUGGCCAACAGACUCUGCCUGGCACUAGUGAAUCCAUCCCAUUAUAUUUUGCUGCAGAUGAUGCUUUCCCGUUGAAAAUUGGAAUUAUGAAGCCUUAUCCUGGUCGUGCACUGGAUAGGAGUCAGAAAAUUUUCAAUUAUCGGUUGAGCAGGGCUAGGAGGAUUGUGGAAAACACUUUUGGGAUUCUAGCUGCUCGUUGGCAGGUUUUUUUCAAAACUAUAAACUGUGAUCCAGAAUUGGCCACAUUAAUUGUACAAUCUUGUUGUGUACUGCACAAUUACCUCCAGCAACCGCAGGGGAAGACUUCUGUUUAUGGUGACAGCAUGGGCCCACUUGGAACAGUGACUGAAGGAAAUUGGAGGAAUAGCUUGCCAGCAAAUUUGAAUAUGUUUCCUUUGCACCAUUUCGGCUCAAACAAUUAUUCCCGAAAUGCAGCUUUUUUUAGAGAUAGACUGUGCCAGUUCUUUAUGUCCGUAGGGGCUGUACCAUGGCAGUGGAAUCAUUGAUAAAAUGGAUUCUACUAGUUGAAAUAAAUAAAACUGUUUUGUUAAAAGCACCAUCAGUAGGUUGUAUGUAUUUUGGUAAAUUGGCUGUAAUACAGUUCUUUUGUUUAUUAAUCUUUUAUGAAGAUAUUGUGAUUAUUACGAAAAAUGUUUCAUCUGCCGUAAUUUCUUUCGAAGCCCCAUAUUCCCACCUUGUUGAAUUUUUGUGUGAUUUUUGAUGUUCUCAUUCAUCCAUUUAUAAAGUCAUGAUUUUAUGUACUCAUGGAAUUGAGAAAUACAUGAAUAAUGAUUUUUGGAUGCUGUUAAUAAUGUUGCCGUUCAAUUUUUCAGGUUACUUGUAGACUUGUUACUGCAUUAGGAGCUAAAUAUGGAUUUUAAUGCAAGGUUAAUAGACAGCAUCUCAAGCAGAGAGCCUCUAUACAAUCAGUACCAUGUUGACUACAAAAACAGAAUCAAAACAGACCAGCUGUGGAAAGACGUGGCAAUGGAUGUGGAAGCUUCAGUUGAGCAUUGCAAAACUAGAUGGAAUAGUUUGAGAACAACGUAUGGGAAGAAGCAUAGAGAAAUAGAGAAAAUUCCUAGUGGGUCAGCUGCAUCACAAUUGGAAAAAUGGCCGUACUAUUACCAAUUGUCAUUUCUAGAUCCCUUCAUUAAACACAGAAAAACCGUAGAUAACUUGCCUCAAGCCUGUAUGGAGCAAGAUACCUCAAUAGAGAGUUUGACUGAAAAUACUAGUGAAGAAUCUAUACAACUUGACCUUGGAAGUCCAUCUUUGUGCCACAAAGAAAAGUGGAAUGGAAGUUCAAUCAGGACCUUUGCAAAAAGAAAAAGAUCAGAUAGAAGUGAAGUACAGGCAGAGAUGGUGAACUUUUUGAGAAAAAGCACCCAGCAGCUGGAGAAUACUAGAUAUUUAGAUAAAUUUGAGCAUUUUGGCAAUCUUGUGGCAGCUCAGUUACGUUCAAGACCGUUACUUGAAGCGGAAGCAUGCAUGAAAGAUAUGAGCAUUGUGUUGUUUCGUGACAUCGUGGUAGAGGUUUUUGCUUCUGAACAGGGCCAGUAGCUACACAUUUUGUCUGUAUACCAGAUAAUGAAGAAGAUUGGACUUAAUAAGAUAAAGUUAUGGCUUAUAUUUUAGUCAUGCUUUUAAUGUUAUUCUUUUCAUGUGGCGUUUUCAUUCGUUUUGGGCAAAAUAAAAUAGGAAAUGUAAUAAUGAAACAGUGAUGUUGUCUUGUUUUGUGUAUUUUCUGAAGAAAA